AUGGAACUUUCACUAGACGUAUUUUUAGAACUGUACUCUAACUUGAGGUCUGGCAAAAAUGUCCAAGAAGUGUCUAAUUUGCUUGAGCAAUGUUAUUUAAAUUCAGAAUCUAUCCAAAUCAAUUUACAGAUCGCAGAACAAACAGAUGAUAUCGUUCUAAUGCAGUAUGCUCUUUAUGGUGUCUGCGUUUGUAUUCGAAAGUUACAGAAGAAAAUCGAUGAUUCGAUCAUAUUACAAGCAAGAGCAAAGAUUUUAGAAUUCCUAACAACGGCAACAGAACCAACAGUAAUUAACUCGAUAAUUGCUGUUAUCGCUGAGUUGAUAACUUAUUGGCAAGAAUGGCACGAAUUCACUGCAUUGAUAUUCGACCAAAACACGCCUAUAGAAACUGUUUUAAAGUUACUGUCACAACUUAUUAAUAGCAUCAAGAGUACUAAAGUCAUUCAAAAUCUCGAAUUUUUUCAAAAUUUAAUUCAGAGAGGUUUAGAAACAUCAGAGUUUGAGUCGAUUUCAUACGCCAUACAGCUUUUAUUUAACCUUGCCAUACCAAUCAAGAACUAUUCUAAUACAGAUGAAGCUUUAAUUGAGUCAUUUAAUAAUUUUGGUGAACCACUACUAGCAGUUCUCAAACAAAUCAUUCCGCAAGGUAACCUAGAAGACUUUAUGAAGGUUUCCACACCUAUAAUCAGUGGAUUAGAGAAAGGUGUUUCACUUUUACCUUUUGAAGAGACAAUUGACUUCUUCAUUACAUUACUACAGACGCAGAGUUUCGAAAUCGAGUAUUCUCUGCAUCUAAACAAUUUCAUUUCUUCGAUGAUCUGUUAUUCCGACGAUGUAUACUUUGGAGAGACAGAAGAAGAGAACAAUGAGAAGCUGUCUGUCAUAUUCCAGUUAGAAAUCGCACUUUCGAUGAACUUUUUCGAAUCAGAUGAUAUGGAUCCGACAAUGAACUGGCUUUACGACUUCGAUCAGAUGUAUAACCAAAUAUACGGACGUUUAAAACCUUCCGACGUCAUAGAAUUGACUCAACAAGGAAUUAAUGUUUUAGAUGCUCUGGAAACGCCUCAAUCGAGAGCUGCUUUGUUGCUUAUGAUAGAGAAUGCAAUGUCCGCUGAACCUUGGGAGUUUAAUUUGAAGAGAAACGACAUUUUCGAAUUAUUAAUGGAAUCUUUCAGAUCCGAGGACUAUAUAGUAGUUAGAAUGGCCAUGAGGUUCAUAGAUGUACAUGCUUCAUUGUUUUCUCAGAAAAUUAAUGACAAUUCUACAGAUUUUAUUAAUUUUGCCGUAAAUUUGAUUCAUGGAGAGGAUCCUUCAUCAGCAUCGAACAUGUUGAACUCUGUUAUUGGUGUUUUGGUCGAUUCCGACCCUGUUUUUGAAAUAAUUUUCCAAACUUCUUUUCAAUUGUUGCAAUCAAACAAUCCUGGGCUCCAAAUCAAUGCGGCAAAGUCAUUGUCGGACGCAAUACACCGCUCCAAGUCCAAAAUUGAAAGUCUUUUCAACGAAAUUAUCACCCCAACUUUAGAAUUAAUUGGACAAGUGUUUUCUGAGCAAGAUUCCAUGACAAGUAUUAUUUCCCCUCUAUUUGGAGUCAUUUCGUCCCUUGCUUUUCGUUGUCCCGACCAAAUUGUUUCUUAUUUCGAAGAUAUUUACAAUAUUUUGCUAACAGCCAUCUCCUCUGACGAUAAAUAUACAUGUAUUGAUGCCCUGAACUGCUUCACGAGCUUAGUUUCUAGUAUUCCUGAAGCAUUUGGUGAUAAAUUCAGCCAAAUUCUAGAUUUGGUCCGACCACUCUUUGAACCUCACUGGAAUAUUGAAAUGGCUCAACUGAACAGGAUGAAAAACAGCAAAGGCCUCGAGGAACUGAGUUUGAAAUUUGAUGCGGCGAUUUGCGGAUUGAAACUCAUGAUUUCCAUCUCUAAGGUAUCAGAAGAUGUUGGAUUAAUCCACGAAUCACUUGUUUUCAUAUUAACUAUACUCGGAGUCCCAGAUAUUAACGGAAUCAUUUCAGGUUUCGAUUCUUUGUGUCGGAUUAGCGAAAUAAUAUCUGUUAUUGAAGUUCCAUCCGAAAUAUUUGAGCUAUUUUUCAGAAUGAUUCAACAAAUUUUUAAUUUAUUAAAUUCUCUGAAAGAUAGGAACAUAAUAACCUCUGCAUUGCAUGUAAUAUCUCAGAUUGUGUCUCUUUUCGGUCCUACUGUCCUCGGAGACUAUUAUCAGAUGUUACCUCCGAUUAUGUUGCAGCAAAUCUACGAAACGUUCAACUCCAACAACGGAUAUUAUGUUUACAUCGAUGCUAUAUUCGAUAAAAACGUUUAUUCCGUUUUAAUGAUAGAUUUGCUUAUGAAAUUGGACUAUUCCAUCAUUUCCAACGCUCUUCUACCUAUUUUCGAUCAUCUAUUGGUUGAACAGAACCCAGAUGUCACAUCUUUUGCCAUAGAUGUCUGUUCUUCAGUGAUUGUUGCAAAUCAAGAGUGUUUUCCAUCAGAAUUCCAACAGAAAUUCAUGGAUUUGCUACUAAAAUACAUCGCUGAAGGUACUGCAACACUCGCAAAGUCUUCAACAAACUUUUUCUGCCAAAUUUUGAAAACAAAUUCUUCUUUUGUUGAACAAAUAGCGGAAAAUGUUUAUUCGUUAUUGAUACAAAGACUUCAACAGCAGAAUUGUGAUGAUAUAAUGACAAAUGCAGUACAAUUAGAAGAAUUUUUGUCAAAUUGCAUUUUGUUGUUUUCUUCUGCCUUCAAUUUCAACUUUUAUGAUCAUGUAGAGAUAGUUCUUAGAUCUCUUCCUUAUCAGAAUGAAGUUGAACUGAAUAAUUCCGCAUUUUCUUUCAUUUGUUCAGUUUCUUCUUCAUUAGAUAUCAAUUUCGUACCUUAUUUUGUGCGUCCUUUAAUAUCCUUAUUCGCACGGACUGUAAAUCAGCUGAAAAAUCUCGAAAUUGAAGAUCAAAUUUUGAGAUCUUGCUUAGAAACACUGAAUUCCCUACUUCAGAACUUCCCUGACAGAGAUUCUUGCAUUUCUCAGACACUUAACGGAAACCAGGAGUCAAUUGACCUCUUUAGAAACACGAUUUCGGAAGUUGAGGCCUCUCUUCAAUCAUAA